GUCUUUUACUUGUGUGGUUGGUUGUGGCAAAAAAUGUCGACGAAGACUACUCGGCAGUCUGCGGAUCUUGGUUUACGCACAAUAUUUCACACAAUUGAAUCAUCAAAUCUUUUAAAUAGGAUAGACGAAGAGGGAAUCGCGAAUGUUCUCAUCAAUAACAGUUUUUGCACAAAAUUGUAAACUGAAGAAAAUCUUACGAGGACAAAUUUUUCUAGUAGUUUUUGAAUUUACCUAUACAUAUACAGUUAUUUUUUAUACUGCACAAGGGCUGGGGUUGGCCAAAAUUGUUAAUUAAUUCUUUGUCGUCAACGUCAAUGUAUAAAGUGUACUAAUAGAGUGUAGGACAUUGCCAAAAAUGGCGAACAAUUCUGCCCGCUAUCAACUGUUGGGACAGGGAGGAAGGGGUCAUGGGCUUGGAAGUGGAGGCAUGUCCGGUUGGGGGGACAACAGUGACGAGGAACCAGACCACACGAGGGACAUGUCAGUACCCCAAAUAAAACAACAGCAGUACCAAGCGUUAGAGGAACAAGACCGGGGUUUGGAAGCAUUGUCACAUGUGAUCACCCGACAAAAAACGCUGGCACAAGCAAUUGGCACUGAGGUCGACUACCAAAAUGAACUUAUUGAAGAUAUCACGGACCAUGUGGAUAGAACUAGGGACAGAAUUCAUGGGGAAACACAACGAGUUAGAACAAUUGAUAGAAAAGACAACACAUGUGGAUACUGGACGGUGAUUCUAACAUUACUUGUGAUAAUCAUUAUUAUCGUGGCGCUGUAAAAAGUGUUGACUGAAUACUUCAUACGCAAUCCCAGUUUGUUUUAAUAACAAUUAUUUAUGGACCUCUCGCGUUUUCACUUGCGUCAUUAAUCUUUCUGAUCAAACUGUCGAUAAUAUAUAUUUAAACGAUGUAAAUACAACUAUCAACUACUAUGUAUAAUAGCGAGAAUAAAUGUUACGCCAGAUAACUUCCUCCAACCA